AGUUAUAAAAUAUUCUUAUCGUUAUCGAUUAUGGGCAUAGGGGAAAAACGUUGUUGUAAACGGUCUUGGGCGAAGGCCCUGCAAAUUUGCGAUAUAGAAAGAAUUCUAUAUAGAAUUCUAUAUAGAAAGAAUUACAUGAUGACCAAACGUGUCCGUGGCGCCAAAAAAUCGUAGACGUUCUCGCGCGCGCGCGCGCGCGAAGUUGUGAUUAAUAUUAUUUAUAAUAAUUUUAACGAUUUAUAACUAUAUUAUAGGUUUUAGUGACGAAAGAUGAAGGACCUUACCCAUUAUUUUUCAGAUAAUGUAAAAUCCCCGACGACUUCUAAAUUGAAUGUUAGGCUAAAGGAUGAUUCUGAAUACACCUCUAGAAAAAAACGUACUCGUGUUAAAAUCAAGAUAUCUCGUACAAAUUCUAAAAGUAGGGUAUGUAAUAUCGUUGAAAAUAAAAGUGAUUUAAUUGAUAAAACUCCGAGCCCAUUUACUAAAUCGUUCGAACAAGAGAAAAGAGGUCCACACCUGGAUGGAACUCCUAAAAAUACUUACGAGAUAUCAUCUAGCAUGGAGCCCAAUGGGAUAGACCAAGAAGAGAAUAUUGGAAAAACGAAAGAACAAAUAUUUAGGAAAGUUAAUUUAAAUUGUAUAUUAAUUGAAUCGGAUAGCGAGCCCGAAAUGUUAGGAACUAAGGUAAAUAAUAAACUUUCUUUAAAGAAAUCUUUCGAUAAACAAAUGUCAAAUGAGGAUCAAAUGGAAUGUAAUUUAAAAGAUUAUAACGAGUUAAAAUUUAAUACUGCGCAUAGAAGUAAUAGAGAAAACAAUAAAGAAGCUGAUACAAUUUAUGAGGAUAUUAAUGAGCAUAAAGAAUCAAAUGCAUUUAAAGUUCUUAUGAAUCAAAAUAAGUCGAUAGAUGAUAUCUCAUCUCUACGGUCUUUCUCGGAAAGUGAUAUUUCUAUCGACUCGAAAAAGAAUAAAAGUAAAGAAAAAUCAAAAUGUUGCCAGGACAAAUUAUUAGGUAACGAAGACAUAAAAGGUAAUUCAAAGAGGAAGCGCGACGACAAGAAAGAUAUUGACAAAAUAGAAGAAGUAUCAGGAAAACGUAUGAGACUUAUAAAAGAAAAUACAAAGAAAGAUAAUAAUUCUACGAUCAAUAGGGAGAAGCAUACCUCAAAUAACUUGUUACAUUUUUUCAGCAAAUCGUCAAUAGGACUAGAGGAAGAAGAUAAGAUAGAAGUUAAUGUGUCUACGACCAUAGUGGUAAAAGCUGAUGUGCACAUGUCGGAAAUACCUACGGUAGUACAUUCGCCAGCUGAUUUUAAAUCAGAAAUUAAAUCAGAUUUUCAACAUAAGUUAAGGGACAAUAAAUCGCAAACGGAAUGUUCAACUGUAAAUAAAAUAGAUUUAAUAACAUUGAACGAAAGAAAACUAAAUCCAAGCGUAGAACACAAUCAACGAUUGGUCCAACGAGAUAAGCCUAAAUGGUCUUUAAGAAUUAAAAUGCAGUCUCCAAAAGAUAAAGAAUCUUUAUCCGACAGCGGCGAAGAAGAGAUGUAUUCACCAAGAAGUAGAAUGAAAUCUAACGCGGAAGGAAGGAAACAGUCCAAAGCAUUACACGAUAAUACUUUCGCCGUAAAGAGGUAUAAUACAAAUGAAUCUGCAAGAUUAAAUUCGGAAAGGAAUGUUAAAAGAAAUAAAUCUGAUAAAGUGGCCGCUUCUUUUAACGAUACGACACAGGAAGAUCUUAACGAUGGUGUUGUAAUUGAAAGGGAAAGGAAACAAUUAAGGCGUAUAAAAAAUGUAGAAAGAUAUAGAAAUUGUAAUAACAAUGAAAUUGAUAUUAAUACGGCGGAGGUUUCCAAGGAAUUAGAAAUUAUAGAUGGUCACGUUUCAGAAAAGAAACCGCAUAAAAAGCUUGCACCUCUUUUUAUUAAACACUCUAAACCAAAUGCCACGACCGUGGCAGCAAGGCGUUCAUUUUUGCAAUCUGAUGCUACUAUUAAUAACGACGGUAAAAGUGUAGUAGAAAAAAAGGUACCCAAUUAUAAUUUGAUUUGUUUUCCUUUUCCAAAGAUUAGCCAUAUCAGACAAUUGAAUGAUGAAAUUCAAACUAAUGACGAAGCGAUUAAUCAUAAAAUUCGACUCAAAUCGGAUAUGAUAUAUCUACCGACAAUGAAUUAUAAUGAUUACAAAUAUAUAUCUCAAUCUUCUAAAUUGUCAAAUAAGUCUUUGAUAACUAUAAACGCAUCCGUUGAGAAAACAACAGAGGAAAUAUUGACAGAAAUGGAAAAGCAUUGUGCGGAUACCAGAAGUAUCUGGGAAACUGUUAUAUCCGUGGCAAAGGAUCAUUUUGGCGCGAUACAAUCGAAAAAAGGAAAAAGUAAGAAAGCAAAAUCAAUAGAGAAGAAAGGUCUAACGAAAGAUUCUGACAAAAGGUUGCUGAUUGCAAACAGUAUUUGGACACAGAAAUAUAAACCAAUGAAUAGCCGUCAAAUAGUUGGCAAUGAAGAGGGUGCAAAAAAGCUAAGAGAUUGGUUAAGUCAUUGGAGAUCGUCUCUGCAUAAAGAACAUGGUAGCAGCGGUGACGAAUUUUAUUCGUCCGAUUGUAGUUUUACAAGUAAACAUGAAAACAAUCAAGUAGCAGUAUUAUUGGGACCACACGGGACCGGCAAAACUGCUAGCGUUUAUGCUGUUGCAGAAGAGCUUGGUUACAGUAUAUUGGAAGUCAAUGCUUCAUCUAGAAGAACGGGGAAAAAAAUUUUAAAGGAACUCGACGAAGCGACCAAAUCGCACAGAAUUAAAAAGAACGAAAGCAAGUCAUUGGUAGCACCAAUAUUGAAAGAAGCAAAUAAUUUACCACAAAAUUCAUUAAUUCUUUUGGAAGAUAUUGAUUUAAUAUUUGAAGAAGAUGAAGGAUUCAUUUCUGCUACAUCCCAAUUGGUAUCUAACACAAAACGUCCUAUUGUAAUGACAUGCAAAGACGUUUGCCCUCAUUUAAAUAAAAUGGCACCCGAACAAAAUCGGAUUUAUUUUCAAAAAGUAGAUGGUAAUAGGGCAUCAACUUUGUUAGAAUUGAUAUCAUUAGCAGAAACAGGUUCUAGAAUUUCGUGCGAAUGUUUAACAGAACUUUUGCAGAAUGGGGAUUUAAGAAAAGCUUUAUUACAAUUGCAAUAUCUAUUAGUCUCAGGUUUCACCCAUGCUACUAAAUAUUCUUUUAAUUCAAGAAGGAUACUGUGGCAAGAUAUGAGGUAUUAUAUAUAUCAGCCAGCUAUAAAGGAAAAUAAAAAACAAAAGGCGAAAGGUCGCUUAACGAAUAAGAAUACGAAUAUAUUAAUUAAUUUGGCUGAUCAUUUAGAUAACUUAUCAUUAUUACCAUCUUUAAUUGAGAUCAAUGACCCUGCGCUUGAUAUAGUAUGUAACAAACUUCAGCCCAGUUUAUCUCUGACAGAAGACACGGCGUCAUAUUCUGUUUUGCAACAUGUGAGUACAGAAAUAGGGGAAUGGAUUGAUCAAGAGAUAAUUCAGAAGAAUCAUUUAAUUGGUAAAAACCAUGGAAUCCAAUAUAAAGACACAUUGAGCUUAAGAAAGCAAUUAAACAAAGGGGUCGAUAGUGCUUUGUCACCAAUUACAUCCUAUACUUUGGACAAUCGAUCUGUAUCCUUGGAUUACUUACCUUGUGUUAGAACAAUAUGUAGAACAGAAGAAUGUCGAACGGUAUCAAGUAUUAAAAGAGGUAAUCGAUUUUUUCAUUAUCUUAGUGGAUUAAAAUUACCCGCCUCGUCGGUAAAACCUAAUAUAUUAACAGCGGCAUGUAAAAUGCUACAAGAGAAAUCAUGAUACGAUAUUUCGUCUAUCAGAAUACCCAGAUAUAUACAUAUACAUAUACAUGUGUGUGUGUGUGUGUGUGUGUGUGUGUGUGUAUGCAUGUAUGUAUGUAUGUAUGUAUGUAUGCGCGGAUGUGAAUGUGCCCUAUUCUAAAGAAAGUAUGCGUACCCCUUAGGGAUAGUAUUAUAGUUAAUUAAAAUUGCGCACAUAAUUCGCGAGUUUUUGUAACAUUUAUUAAUGUUUCAAUCGAAAGCAUUAUAUUUCUUGAUUGUAUCAUGAAAAAAGUUAAAGUUAUAUUACACUCGAUUAUAAUCGUAUAAAAUGUAUAAUUCGUGUACUUGCUAUAAGUACUAGUAUUUUUAAUAGCACGUUCGUGUCUUCUAACGGAUAUAUCCUUUGAAAAUGCAUAAUGAUCCUUGAAUUUUACUGAUAAAACCUACUCUUCUCAUUAUAUUAGAUAUAAAUAUAUUAAUGUAACACGAAAUUAAUGCGAAGGAUGUAGUAAUUAAUAUGAGAGAAAGAAAUUUUCUCCAAAUUUCUACAUUCAUCAUAAUCGUGGAAUCGUGGUAUUUUGUUUCCAAAUAUAUUAAGCCGAAUGAAUGAAUGAAAAGGCUUAGAAAUUGUAAAACAAUAGAUAGAACACGUUACGAAUAUGAGUGCCUUAGGAAAAGUGAUGAAGUAGAGAAAUACAUAUUCCUUUCGUUAUGGAAUUUUAUUAUUUUUUUCACUUUUACAUAGAAUAAAAAUAGUUUGAAUUAAAUCUUUAUGUGAUGUAAUUUGCGGUUCAACUCUUCAAACUUCAAAAUUUUACGUAUAAAAAAAUCUCCAUAUCUGUGUGCUACUUUUGUGUCCGCAAUGUGAAUCAUAUCAUGAUCUAUGUAGAAAUCCAACUGUAAAAAUAUCAUUUAUAUGAUUAUUAAAUUUUUAUUUCACUCGA